AUGACCUACAAGCGGGCUUUGAAGUUGUCGGUGUAUAUCCAUUCAAAGACAAAGCUUUUGAAUUGGUUGAGGAAGUAUACUAGGAAGCGUGACUUGGUCAAGUUUGCUAAGACUCGGUUUGCUACUACAUUCUUGACAUUCAAGAGGCUUCACGAGCAGAAGAACAAUUUGAGGAAGUUGUUCAACUCAAAAGAAUUCCUUACUAGCUCUUACUUCAAGGAAGAGGCAGGAAAAGAGUGUUCUAGAAUUGCGCAAAUGCCAAGCUUUUGGAAUACAGUUCUAGAAGCACUUAAAAUAAGGAGUCCAUUGAUUAGCACCCUUCCAUUAGUUGAUGGGGAUGUUAAGCCAUCAAUGGGCUAUAUUUAUCCUACGAUGGAGAUCACAAAGAAAGCAAUUGAAAAAGCUUUCGACAACCACACAAACAAGUAUAAUAAGGUAUUUGAGAUCAUACACAAAAUGUGGACUUCCCAACUUCGUCAACCAUUGCAUGCAGCUGCGUAUUACUUGAAUCCAGAUUACUUCCGGUAUAGGGGUGAGCCACAGAUUUCUCCUACAAUUAAUUCGCCAGAAGUUGUUGCUGGCUUUUAUUCUUGUUUGGAGAGGUUGGUUCGAGAUCAAGAUCUGCAUGACAAAAUUACCGAGGAGAUAACAAUAAUGUGGGAAACCGGGGAUGGUUUGUUUGGCUUGCCAGUUGCCAAGAACCAACGCGGUUCUAAAGCUCCAGGUUCUUACUUCUUAGACAAUUUAACUUACAAUUUUUAUUUAUAA